CCAAAGGCGGAACAUCCCGCAUUCAAUCGCGCCACAUGGGUACGGAGUGGGAGGUGAUCGUGCCACAUAGAUACGGAGUAGGAGCUGUAUGGCACAAUCAUCAUCCACGAUAUUUCAAGGUGCACUGCAUGUACUCUUGGAAGCGGUAGGGCCAAGGUACCUAGGUACGAACCAAAACAACAAGGAACCCCUUUGAUAAUGACCAGAGCCGUCUACCGUUCAAAGGUCACUUCAUCCCAAAGCAUGUCAACCUUGUAAACUCGGGCGAUAUUACCUACCUACCUACCUGCCUACCUACCUACCUCCCAACCAUGGCCCUCGCCGCAAGUUCCAUCCGGCUUCUCCGCCUCAGCCCGGCGCUCUGCUCCUCCAUGGUUCUCAUGUUCGCCCUCGACGAGCAUCUGAUCUUCGGAACCUGGGUCACGCCCCCCAUCCGCACACUGGCAAACUCCACCCUGCCCGCCUGGUGGACCAGGGGCGGCCAUCGCUGGCGCUGGGUCCUGAUCAUAUUCUACCCCGCCAACUACAUUCUGGGCAUUCUCAACCUGCUCGUCCCUGCGGAUCAACAACCUGUCUCGACAACGUGGUACCGAUGGGGUCUGUUUUUCAGCAUUGCACACAUGUUCUUUGUUCCGAUGGCUCUGCGCCGGAUAGCAGCUAUCGAGAACGGCGUUCCGAAGGGGAAUGUUGUCAGUUCGAUGGAGGCUUGGCUCAGGAUGAAUUGGGUUCGGGCGUUGAUUACGGACUUGCCGGCUUGGCUGUGCUUUAUCAUCGCCGCGCUGGAGGCACUGUGAUGGAUGAUUAUGAUAAUCAGGAGGACGAGGAGGAGG